UAUGGCACGGCGCCUAAGGUAUCAACAGAUAAACUAUUGAUUUCAAUGAUGAUUUUUUGCAGCGCAUUUUAACAGAAACACAAAACGAAAUUGUAGUCCUACACUUUGAAGAUGUAUUAUUUAGUUUCCACACAUAGAAAACAAAAUGCACAAAUGGAAAAUGGCCUAUGUAUACUCUAUUUUAUUAACAUGCUGGAAUUUAUUUUCCACUACAAUAUGCUUGAUUGGGAUUUCAUAUAUUACAUCAUCCCACAAGCUUCAGAGUGCACUACUUCCUUUGAUUAUUCAUUUUUCUUCAGCUCAAGUGGAAGAUGAUGAAUCAGAUAAUUACCAUAAAGAUCCAGACUACAUCCCUGAUGGUGGUGGUGAUGAUGAUGACAAUGAGGACAACAAUAAGGAUUGUGUUUCUGUUGAUUCAGUUUACAAUCUAAUAUUUCUUUUUGAUCAUUUUUGUAAAGAUAUUUGUCCAUGUACAACAUUAUUCUUUUCUGAUUCAUUUUUUUCUUCAGCUAAAGUUAAAGCAGAUGAAUCAGAUGAUGACCAUGAAGAUCAAGACUAUGUCCCAGAAGAUGACCAAAAAGAUCCAGACUAUGUCCCUGAUGAUCUAGAUGAUCUAAAC